UACACCACACGAAAAGGUAGAGAUGAGAUUUCAGAGAAGAUUGGCGUUUAGGGUUUCCCAAAUCAAGAAUAGACCGCCAUUUCUGUUUCAAUCUCAAGCUUCUCGUUCCUUCUGCCAGCUUCAAUCAAAGCAGCAGCAAGAAAAACGGUUCUUUUGAUUCUUUGCAAUUCGUUUUUCUUAUUCGCACCGAUUAUAAUUUUAUAUUUCAAUUAAGCGGAGGUUAGAGUUGGAACUUUUUUAGUGAUUGCAGGUGUUCUUCUUUUGGAAUCGCGUUCGACAUUGAUGGGGUUAUUCUUCGUGGGCGUGUUCCCAUUGGUGGCUCUCCUCAAGCUUUAAGGAGAUUAUAUGAAGACUCUGAUAGAAGGAUCAACACUGAAUUUGGGUAAUUAAGGUGAUAUUUGGAUAUAGGAAGGAAAGGAACUUCAUCCUGGUUUAUGGGGUCCUUUUUUUUCCCCCAAUUCUUUGUGGUAAUUAGAGAUAACCUCUACCAACUUGCCUUAUCCUUGUUUGUUACAUCUAAGUUUGAUGAUUACUUCAUCUUUACAGGGUCUUUGAAGGUUCCCUUUUUGUUCUUGACAAAUGGAGGUGGCAUUCCAGAAUCUAGACGAGCCAUUGAGUUGAGUGAAAUUCUGAGUGUAAAGAUUUUACCUUCUCAGGUUUUACAGGGUCACUCACCUUUUAAAAAUCUGUUGAAGAGAUAUGAGAAUCAACUCAUUAUUGCCACUGGAAAAGGGGAACCUGCUCUAGUUAUGUCUGAGUAUGGUUUCAAAAAGGUUCUCUCUUUAGAAGAGUAUGCCUCUUUCUUUGAGAAUAUUGAUCCUGUGUCUCAAUACAAGAGAUGGACAACUGAGCAGGUAUCAAAUAGGACUAAGGGUAGUCUCUCUCUCAAUAUGACACCAAGAUGCAAUGUUUCUUCUGAAGCAGUUAAAGCAGUAUUUAUUGUCAGUGAUCCUGUAGAUUGGGGCAGGGAUAUUCAGGUUCUCAGUGAUGUUUUAAGAUCUGGAGGCCUUCCUGGACAGGAGAAUGGGCAUCAACCCCCGUUAUAUUUUGCUGCUGAUGAUCUUGAAUAUCAGGCUGCAUUUCCUUCUCAGCGUCUUGGAAUGGGUGCUUUCAGAAUUGCUCUGGAGAGUGUCUUCAACAGAAUCCACCACAAUGCUCUAGAGAAUGUAUCUUUUGGGAAACCAAAUCCAUUUGUGUUCAAGAACGCUGAAGCUAUAUUAAGCCAGCUUCAGCUGUGUAGUCAUAUAGAAUCUAAUUUCAAGGAAUGUGGAGGACCUGGAUCACCUCCUUUGAAAACCCUUUAUGUGAUUGGUGACAAUCCUUCUGUUGACGUCAAAGGUGCCCAUCAGGCUGGAAAUCCUUGGUUUUCUAUUUUGACGAGGACAGGCGUUUUUCGAGGGGAAAGUAACCAUGCAGAGUUUCCUGCAGAUCUGGUGGUGGAUACCGUUGCAGAGGCAGUGGACUAUAUUCUGCAAAGGGAGGGCAUUACUUAGUACUCAAACAGCUAACUUGCCCAAAUAAUAAUUUCCUUCUAUACAAAUCAUUUUAAUAUAUGUUAUGUUCAAGAUAUUUAAAAUUAAAACCAAAGAAAAAGUGGUGAAAGAUUUUGAGGCUGGAAUAUAAACCAGCAUUCUUCCUGAUGCAUGGUUUCAAUGGCGUAUUGUUGCUAGAAUUGAUGGCUACCAUGUUUCUGCAUUUUGGCUUUUAGGCCACAUAACAUUCUUUUGGCUUUGAAUCUUUCUUAUUCCUUCCGGUUUAUCCUUUUACAUUGAA